GAGAGAGAGAGAGAGAGAGAGAGAGAGAGAGAGAGAGAGAGAGGGUUGUCAUGUGAGAGAAAGAAACAAAUGAUGACAUUGAUUUGAGAGGGUAUCAGUAUCAGUAUAUAUAUAUAUAUAUAUAUAUAAAUGCAGCCUCUCUUUAUAAAGGCAUCCGAUCCAUCCAUCUCUUAAUAAGCCCUCGUUAAAAGAAUAAGCAUCUCAGUAGAAAUACAAGAGAAAAAAAGAGGAGCAAAAAAGAUUUAAUAAAUCCAGCAGUAAAAUUUAAAAAAAAAAUAAAGAUAGAGAGAGAGAGAGAGAGAGAGGCAGCAGCAACAGAAGCAGAAGCAAUAAUGGUUUCUAGGGAGCAAUCACUUCACGAUAAGCUUCAAAUUCUUCGUUCCGUCACUCAUUCUCGCUCUAUGAACGAUAGCUCAAUCAUAUUAGACGCAUCGAACUACAUCAAAGAGCUGAAACACAAAGUUGAAAGACUCAAUCAAGAAAUAUCAUCUUCUUCUACUCCCCUAGAUGCUUCAAUCCAUCAUCACAGGCCAUCACCACCUCGAGACGUGACAGUGGAAACCCUAGAAAAGGGCUUUUUGGUAAAUGUACAUUCAGGGAAAAGUUGCCCUGGUCUGCUGGUUUCCAUAUUGGCAACAUUCGAGGAUUUGGGGCUUCAUGUUCUCGAAGCUAGGGUUUCGUGUGCAGACACCUUCCAUUUGCAAGCAAUUGGAGGACAACAGAACGAAGAAGACGAAGAAAACAUCGACGCACAGAUGGUGAAACGAGCGAUUUCGAAUACUAUCAAGAAUUGGAGAGGAAGCAAUGAGUAAGAAUGAAUGUUUAAUUAGCCGGCGCGGCACAGUCAAUAAUAUUAUAGGCUAUUAUAAUUAUAUUGAAUUCUAUCUAUAUUAUUUGUUCUGGUGUUUAAUUAAGCUUUUUGCACCAGAUUUUAUGUUCGGUUCUAAUGGAAUCACGAAGCUGUUAAUUAGAUUAAAAUCUUUGUAAGAAAUAAGUGAUCAAAGAUCAUUUAUAAUUUUGAACAUGGAAUUAUAAAUUCCAUUUUAAGUAAUUUCCAUGUAAAAUGAAAUCGAAUAAGAAAUCGAACAAACUUGUUCA